UGAAAACAUUGUAUAAAAAUGUGAUCGUACAGCUAAUGAAAAUGAAUUCGCCUAAAAGAUCCACUUCACUGAACUAAUUGUUUUACUUCAAUGGGAAUUAUUCACGGAUUUAACUGGAGACAGCAUUUUUCGCUUAUGUUGUAACGAUAGAAGACAAGGGGCAGGCGGCAGAUGGUUUAUUUUGAAAAUCAACAGAUAUUUAUAGAUUUUUAUGUACAUUACUGUCAGUGGAGAAGCAACGCCUUCUGUAUGGUUGUUUUCUUGCUGAAGGUUAUUCUGUACUGCAUGUGACCGUUUCUUAGACAGCUAAGCCAUAUAUUUGUGAGUCGUAUUUGCACACAUUAGGUCUGCUGUGAUUGGCUUGUGGGUUCCUCACGGUUAAGCUUUGUUAUUAUUUUUUCUCAUUACCCCGAUUCGGGACGUAAAUAUCGACGUAAAUUGUUGUUCACAAUGUUGACUUGCAGACAGCUCUCACCACAAUAUGACUCGGCUUAUAUUUUACCAUGGGGAUUUUUACUAACUAGUUUUGAAACAUAUCAUCCUUCUUCAGCAUUGUAAUAUCCUUUUUAAUACUGAUAACCGAAAUUUUCGAUUUCUUUAAUUUACUGCUAAGUGAACUUCGUAUUGAGUAUUCCAUUGAAUAAACUGAAUGUUGUUGAAUGCACUGUAAAUUGUGAUCACCAAUACACGAGUAAUAUGAAUGAUUAUUAAUAAUGAUUAUCCAACCUUUGAAACGUAUGUGUGUGCACGUUUACAUUUACCACGCAUACAUAUAAUCAAAAUGAUACCAAAUUCGUGUAAACUAAAACUGAACAUAUUGAAAAUAAUUCGAUAAAAGGACAGAAAAAAGAACAAGAGAGAAAGUGCAUCAAAUAAUUGCUUUGCAAAGAUACCUUUUACAGGACAUAGUAUGCCUCCGAACAAUAAAUACUUCAAGCCCAAACAAUCAGCUCACUUUCUAUCAAUGUCAUAUGAAAAUUCACUGUUUUCACACAUUGGUUCAACAGAUGAAAUCUCUUUCAUGAAGAAUGGAGAGGCAUCUCUAUCAAGAAAUAAUUUUGAAAAAAAUCAUCAAUCACAUAACACAACAGCAGAACUGACUAACUUCAGUGAUCUUCCUACUCCAGAUCUCACUAGAAAAGUGGAAGUAUUAACCAAACUCCAGAGUGAAGUACGCAACAGUGAGAGGCAGUCUUUAAGUAAACUGAAUAAAAUACCUGGUGAGAUGUCAACAAGAACUAUAAACAUGAGAAAUCAUGAAGUAGAUGAUAAAAUCAAUAAAAAUGAAGAGUUUAACUUUAAUAAGCUUAAAGAAUUGUAUAAACAAAUUCUUAUUUGUAUUGGUGAAAAUCCGAAUCGACCAGGACUGAUAGAAACGCCAGCUAGAGCAUCAUCAGCAAUGCUUUAUUUUACUAAAGGCUAUCAAGAUGAUUUGCAACGAAUUGUAAACAAUGCAUUAUUUGAUGAAGGUCAUGACCAGAUGGUUAUUGUAAAGAAUAUUGAUUUUUUCUCCAUAUGUGAGCAUCAUUUACUCCCUUUCUCUGGUCAUGUAUCUAUCGCCUAUUUGCCUAACAAGCAUGUCAUUGGAAUAAGCAAAUUAGCUCGCAUUGUGGAAUUAUAUUCACGACGUCUACAAAUCCAGGAAAGACUAACAAAUGAAAUAGCUGACGCUAUAGUUGAAUUAAUGAACCCAAUUGGAGUUGGUGUAAUCAUUCAAGCCAAACAUUUGUGCAUGUCAAUGCGAGGUGUACAUAAGUCGACUACAGUAACUGUGACACAAAAACUAAAAGGUCAAUUUCUAACCGACGAUAAAAUUAGAGGAGAAUUCAUAAAUUUAAUUACUUAAGUUUCAGUGCAGCUUAAAAUAACAACGUUUAUCUUCAGGAUUAUUUUUACAAAAAGAAAUCAUUCACUUUGUUAUUUUGCAUUUUAAAUCUAUGUUGUUUCACUGUCAUACCAGUAUUCAUUCAUGGUGUUUACACAACCUGAGUGUAUUUAAGUUAAAACUGCAUUGAUUGCAUGUAUGAAGUUUCU